AUGGGCAUCAUCCCGCAGCUGAUGCUGACGACGGCAAGCUGGAAGAAGAGCCGCGCGCAGGGCACGUGCAACUGUGGACUCAGGCAAGCGCUGAUGGGCACGCUGCUCAUGGAAGCAUCCGCCAGGAUAAUCAAGGCCAAGCUGCGCUACAUGAGAUGGAACCAAGACAAGCAAAGCUACGAGGCGACAGAUGCGAAGCCGCUGCCGCACGAACAUGCCAUCAAGGCAACACAGCUGCUGACGGAACACAUGGUCAAGGACGGGGUGACCCAUGCGUUCCACGGAUUGGGGGGCAUGUCGACGGACAAGGACAAGGCCACCAUGUUCAAGUUCACGCUCUCGCUGGAGGGCCUCCAGCGCCGAGAUCAGAGAGGCAUCCGCAGCGCUCAGGCUGAUAGGGGCAAGACUACGCCCAGGAAGGAGCCAUCGCCCCUCCCAAACGAGCUCCUGUUGCUGCAGGAAGACGACCUGUGA